AUGAUUUUUCCGAAUUUCUUCGUAUUUGUUAUAGUUAUUUUGCUGUCUGCUGAUGCGAAAAAGAUUUGGACCAAGGCUGAUUUACCACAGUUCAGACCCAAAAAGCCAGUGGAAGAGCCCAUCCCAACAGGCCCACGAAAUCGAAUCGUCGAGUGGAAAAAUAAUUUGAAAUUCCAAGAAGUCAGCCCGAAGAAUAAUGUUUUCUGUCGGAUUUUCGGGCUUUGUGCUCACUAUUCAACUGGUGUAGUUGUGCUGAGCAUGCUCUCAAAAUGGAAGGAUCGUGGAAUGAUCUACCCGUACAAAAAGUACGACGGAACACCUGAUUCCAACUUACCAAUGACUGAUUUGCACAAUUUCGUUAAAACUCUCCAUAACAAGCCGAAAAAUAAUUGA